CCCCUUUUUCUUUUCUGAUUUCGAUGGAGGAGGACGUAAUUCGUAGAAUUUACCUUCUAACUAAUGAACUAACUUCUCAACAACAUAAUAACCAGCAACUUGCAAAUGAGCUUACUUCACAGUUACUAGAACUAAAAACAAAAGCUUCAACCAAACCAUCGAAUGAAGAUUUUGCAGUUACAACAACAGCUUUCAUACCACCGGGACAGAGAGAAGAAAUAAUUGAUACCCUAAAAUCGAGAUUGGCAGACAUUGUAAAGGAAAAAAAGAACUUGGAAUCUACGAAUCGUCAGCUGCAACAAGAGAAUGAGGAAUUGCAAUCCGUUGUCAAAGAUUAUGAAGCUAGUCUAGAAACCAUCACGGAUAAAUUUCGGAUACAUACAAACGCUGUCGUAGACGGGCAAUUACAGCAGAAAAAAGAAUAUGAAGCUCUAUUAAACGCUGAGAAGAACGUAACGGCAGCAUUGUUUUCUGAAAACGUUACUUUGCAAACACAACUUCAUAAAUUGAGCAAAUUGUUACGGGAACUAUAUGAAAGUGAUGAAUCAGUUGGAUUUAAGGAAGAGAGAUUGGCACAGCUAGCGAAGGAGAACGAGGAUUUGCGAGCCAUACUAGGGACUGCAAAAUUACCUGAAAGCACAGAAAAACUUAAAGAGAAAUCAUCGCCUGUUCUGCCUGUUACAAAGACAGAUGUAAUAGCCGACUUUUUUAACGAUGAUUCUUAGCUUAAGCUUGACUACCAUUCGUACAUACCCAACAUGAUAAAGAGAUAUAUUUUUCAUUAAGAAGUACAGUUGAAGCCUGAGACUGAGUUUAGAGUUUGUUGUUGCUGCUUUUAAUUUCGCCAUGAACGCCCAGCUCAUUGUUGCUCCUCACUUUACUUUUUCG